UUUGCUAAGAAACGGGAGUUGGUGGUCGGUCGAAUUCAAGAAAUUGAUGCCAAAAUAGAACCUGUCAAAGCCAUCUUUAGUCCAGAGAUUCUAAAGGAGCUGGAACAGUGCAAAAAUACAAAAGAGCUCAUAUCCAGUCUUGAAACAAAGUAUAACUUCAAGCCUGAAAUGUUGGAUGACUUAUUUCAAGCAGCGCGGGUUUUUUACGAUAUCGGCAAUUACAAUACAACUUCUGAGUAUCUCCGGAUCGUUCGGCAACUUGUAACUCCGGGAAGUAAACGCCAUUUGGACGCUUGUUGGGGGCGUUUGGCCAGCGAAAUCCUGGUGCAGAAUUGGAAUGAAGCAAUGGAAGAUCUUGAGAAAUUGAAGGAUGCGAUUGAUUGUCAAAACGAUGACCGGCCCGCUUCCGAGACCUAUCUGAUGCAAUUGCAACAACGGACUUGGAUGUUACAUUGGUCACUGUUCGUCUUCUUCAAUCACCCUCAAGGCAAAGAGAAACUUAUUGAAUGGUUCAUGCAAAAUGCCGCUCACCUGAAUGCUAUUCAGACCCUGGCUCCUCACUUACUGCGCUACCUGACCGUGUGCGUAAUCACUAGUUCGGAUAAAAAGAAGAAAAAUUUGAUCCGGGACUUGGUGUAUCUGAUUCAGCAAGAGAGCUAUUCCUACCGGGAUCCGGUUACCGAGUUUCUGGAAUGUUUAUUCGUCAAAUUCGAUUUUGAUGGCACUCAACAAAAGCUCCGCACCUGUGAAACAGUACUUCCCAAUGACUUCUUCCUCACCGGAUGCUAUGAAGAGUUUAUUGAAAACGCACGGCUUCUCAUGUUUGAGUCUUUUUGUCGUAUUCAUCACAGUGUUGAAAUAGGUACUUUGGCGGAAAAGUUGAAUAUGAACGUGGACGAAGCCGAAAAGUGGAUCGUCAAUCUCAUCCGAAACGCCCGAAUGGAUGCGAAAAUUGAUUCACAAAAGGUAAUACAUUUCAGCUAG